AACGCUCCCUUUAUCCCACUACCAGAACUGCACAGGAGAACGAUGGUUCAAUUUAAGAAGGGGUACGAUGACGAUGAGACUAAGAAACAAAAGCUAGAAUUGGCCAAGAAAAUGCAGGAAGCUCUGGAAAACACGUAUUCUGAGGUUGUUGCACAGAGCCAAGAGCCCCUGACUAGAGAGCAGAAUUAUAAUGUGAGCCAUCUAGUUUGUAGACUUCCUAAAAAAGGGAGGACCAGGUGGAUGGGAGUUGGAGCUCAAAGGGUGUCUAUACAAUUCCAGCCUCCGCCGAUUUCCACACCCUCGACUAUGCCAUCGGGGCCCUCUUACAUGCCGCAGGAGGAUUGCACUCAGCAGGCGAUGCAGCUUGUUUCCUCUGUGAUGAGUAUGUUAGAUGGUCAGAUUCCCGAGGAGAUGUGGGAGGAUAUUCAAGAGGAGCUUAUGCGAGUGAUCCAGCCUACUGCUACUUUUGCGAUGGUUUCUAGGCAAAUAAUGAAAUCUUGUAGAAGGCGGGUUCCUACUCGGGUGCAAAGCCAGAUUAUGAACUUCUUGGCCACUCAAAAGGCAUUUACUGGUAGUGGAGAGAGUAGCAGACAUGUAUACUUAUUAUAUAUGUAAAACAUGAUUACACACAAUAUUAUGUGAUUCUAAAUUUAAAUUAUUUUGUUGUUAGAUUGGAGAUGAUACUAUUGGGAGCACGAGUCGUAGGGAUGGAUCCGCCAGUGGCAACGCGGACGAUGACAUGGAUAGGGCGGAUGACCUAUCUUAGUGAGUUAUAUCCUAAACUCGUGUUUGUAUAUUGUGGACAUCUUUAUAGUUGAGAUUAUGAUACUCGUGUUUGUAUAUUGUGGACAUCUUUAUAGUUGAGAUUAUGAUACUCGUGUUUGUAUA